AUGAGUAACAGUAUCAGUCAGAGACAGAGACCUCAACAGAACUGCGGUGAAGGCGUUCUAGAUGAAGAGGAAGAAGAGUAUUGUAGUGAUGAAGCAUUUAGUGAGGAUACGUUGCAUAACCAAACCAAAGAGGAGACUGAUGCAGAGUUGAGAGGGUCUAAUGAGAGUGUUAGAGAUGGAAACCACUAUGCUCAAGGAGUACUUAGCCCCGUUGAGAAUCUCACUCAGUGGAAAUCUGCUAAAUCCAAAGGGCAAAGAAUACAGAAACAGUCUGAAAAGGAGAACUCUAACCUCAUCUCAGAUCAACAAGACAAGAGGGACUCUGCUUCUCUCAGCGCAGAGACUCAGAUUGAACCCGAGAAACCGAGAAACGAAGGAUUAGCCGUUGAUGCUAGCCUUUCAACCUGGUUAUCAACAUCUGAGACGGGUAGUGAAUGCAACAGCGUCUCUGUCACACCCGAGAAAACCAAGUCUAGCUGCUACUCGAAGCGGGCUAUACUCAGCCAUGACGAUAGACCUGUACUAUGUGCAUUGACAAUGGAGGAGGUCAAACGGUACUCGGCUACUUCUACGCCAAGGAAAUCACCUAGCAAGAGUCCCGAUGAGACACCUAUUAUAGGCACAGUUGGUGGUUACUGGGGUAAUCACGUAAAGGCAAUAGACUGUGACUCUCCAUCUGCAUUCAAGGGAAUACCGAACACCACCAGCAAAUAUAGAGAGGAUAAGAGCGUGAAUUGGCAUUCAACACCAUUUGAGGCAAGACUGGAGAAAGCUCUGAACAACAAAGAUAAAUUAUAG